CAAUCGGGAAGGGCCUUCAGUUCCUCGCGCGGGCGAACCGCGCUCUGUGGCCCCCCAUAUCGACUAGGAAAUCUAAUCGCGUUGUCGAGCACGGGGGGGAAAAACAUUUUUAGUGCGGUUUUUUUUUGUUCCCGCCGGUGUGGUGGUGGUGGUGAGAGACCCUCGCGGGAAGGGACCCCCCUCACCCACCCGCCCGCCCGCCUGCCUCCGCCGCUCAAGGCAAAGGCGAUGGCAACGAUGGGCAGCGUCAAGGACGAGCUGUUGGUGUUCGGUUACGCGUGCAAAGUGUUUCGCGACGACGAGAGAGCGCGCUCGCUCGAUAGAGGAGUCCACCUCAUUCCGUGGAUGGGCGACGAGUCCAUCCGGAUGGAUAGGUCUGUCAACCCCCCCUCACCCCUUCUCCUUUCCUGCCCUCUUGAACGAGCGAACGAACAUUUCACACGCACACACAAAACCGGCCACUCGCAAACAAAACUGCCGAUAAAUCGCGACUCGCAUCGCGGACUUUCUCUCUUCGCUGCUACGGUUGUAAAUGUUUUUGUUUUUUUUAUACGCCAAGUUCGUUGCUGCUGCUGCUGAUGAUGUUUUUAGUUUCGCAUUUCGGGCCUACCCACGUCUCCCGUAAAUGUGUCGCGACCACCGGUCUUGCCUGGUUCCCCCUGCUCGUAGAUCCGCGCCUCGCGCCCCGCAGGGAUGGCUCAGGCAAGACCGUAGGCUCGUGCUCCGGUGCCGACAAUUGUUUUCGUGAGGGGAAAUCCGUGGGAAAGUUGGGGUUUUUUAAAUUUAAACCUUUGUUGCAAAGUAAAACGCGGCUGCUGCUAAAAAACAACAACACAAAUAUAUCUUGAUGUUGUAGAUACCUGCCUGAGAUUGUGUGUCUGGUAAUGCGUGAGGUAAUAGCACUUAAAAUCGCGGCAGUCCCCACGUUGCCCCCUCCGAUAUAAACCGAAGUCUUAUUUUUACCCAUUCUCCUAAUAUCUCACGUAAACCGAAGUCUUUUAUUACCAAUUCUAUUCGUUAAUCCACUGCUGGAUGACCGAAGAAGGCCUUCCGCGGUCGUUUGGACCUCGCUGGUCAGGUGCGGGGUGGUGAAUUUUGAGUGGCCCCUGAACCGGUUCGGCUCUUCGCUCGCCACUGAUGUUAGCCGCGCACGGGAAUUUUAACACCUCGCCAGAGGGUGGACGAUGCGAUUCCAUAAAAGCAUUGUGCCAACCACGCCACAUCUCCCCCCCAGCCCGCCAUGCAUUGUAAUAGUCCUUUUCCCUAGAAUAUUUUAACAAGCCCCAAGACACACAACUCGCGGUGUAGGUAGCUACAAGAUAAAAUAGAUGUUUGUAAAAAAAAAACCCAACAACAAGAAAUUCGCUUGCGUCUUUAAUGACAACAACAACAAAAAACUAAGAUAAGGUAAAUAUAAUCGGAUGGGUACAAAGUUUCUGUAACUUUCUCGACUUACAAUGUGUUUGAGUUUUGGUUUAACGCAGGUGGUCGAGCCAUUGCAGUGAUUGUGUGACAGGUUCACUGGUCAAACGAGAGGUAACGGUAAGAAACAUCUAAACAUGGCAUAACAAUAUAUCUCUACAAACUACAGUAUGUAUUACAGCAUAUAUAUACCAUGAUGAAACACUGCCCAGAUUAUAUCGUUGUUUGCAUUAUUGCCAUCAGUUAAUUGCAAUAGCUAACCGAGCUAGCAUUGUAUGACUACAUGUUGGUUACAACAGCAUUUUAAUGGUUUUUUCCACGUACUAAAAACACUGCUGUACAUACGAUGUUGAUAUGCUUUUCAUGUUAGUAGCGAGAGUUAAAUUUUAUGGUGGCUUCGUAAUGUUAUAAUUACCUAGACGUGACACGAUGUGUUAGCCCGAGAUGUCUUAAUAAGCGUCGGUGUUUUUCAUUUAGCGUUGGAGUGAUGCACAAGUUGGUACGAUUUCCAGUGGCAGAGCUGCCCACUGCAGUAGCAAUUUUCCCCGUUUGUCGUUUUCUCUCCGGUUUUCCUGGCGCGGUUCGAGGUGCCGCAGGGAGUGGGUGGGGGGGUAAGUAUCCACGUGAACCGGACCGACCGGUCCCUGAGGCCCCCCUAGCACUGCUAACUUUCUCUCCCCUGGCCCCCCCCCUCCCGAUCCCCGCCUCUGCCGCCGGCAGGUACGACGGGAGGGGUCACCUGCACGACCUCUCCGAGUACGACGCGGAGUACACGUGGAACCGCAGCUACGACCUCUCGGAGGAGGAGGCUCGCAUCGAGGCGCUGUGCGAUGUCGAGCGCUACCUGGCGCUGACCACCAACCUGCUGGACGAAGAGGCGCGGCAUGAGGAGGAGUACAAACGGCUGCACCAGGAGCUGGCGGAGGACGGUGCCUACCGAGCCGUGGGCUUUUCCUACGGCGACGAGUACUAUGACCCCACGCAGCCCACCGAGGAGGAGGACGCACACCCCAAACCCCAGCCGCCGCCAGCGCUCGCCGUUUUGCCUGCAGUCGAGAAAAAUCCCGAGCCGGAGGUGAACGAAGAGCCGUUCAUUGCCCCAGAAGAGCUUAAAUUACCCUCGGGCAUGGAAGUGCCGGCCACGUUCAAGACGCACGCGAUCGUGGAGCGCACCGCGGGCUUCGUGUGCAAGCAGGGCACGCAGUUCGAGAUCAUGCUGAAGACGAAGCAGGCGCGCAACUCCCAGUUCGACUUCCUGCGCUUCGACCACUACCUCAACCCCUACUACAAGCACAUCCUGAAGCGCAUGAAGGACGGGAAGUACACGCACAUCCCCGAUCCCAAGCAGCAGCAGCAGCAGCACAAGGCGAAGGCGUCCAGAAUGAACUCCGCGGACGAGGAGGAGGAGGACGAUGAUGACGAUAACGAGGGCGGGUACCUCCACCCGAGCUUGUUCGCCUCCAAGGCGCAGUCCAACAGCCGCCUCGAGGAGCUCGUCAAGCCCCUGACGACGGUGGAUCCCAACCACCCGCUCAUGGCCAUGGCGCUGCGAGCACGCAUGAACGCCGCCGAACCUGCGGACGCCCUGGCGCAGCCCGACAAGAAAGUCAAAGCUCCCCCGGCAGAACCGACAACCCCUCCCCCGCUCGGCGUCGAGCCUCCAGUCCCAGCUGGUGCGCCUAGCGACACGGGCUCCACCACGUUCGACGCGGAUGAGGAGCGGACAGCGGAACAUGCACAGGAGCAGGAGGAGGAGGAGGAGGAGGCGCCGCCCACCAAAGCGUCCGCUGCAGCGGCCGUGGCGAUGUACUACGGCUACUACGUGAUGCCGGACGGCACGUACAUGCAGGGGCCGCCACCGCCGGCACCGGCGGCCGAAAAGAUGUCCGAGUACGCGUACGGUGCUCACGCCACCACGCUGCUUGCCCCUCCGCCACCGCCGGGGCUGGCGCCGCCGCCACUGUUGUCGUCGUCAUACCUUUCGCUCCCGUCAGACGCAACCCAGGGGGUGGACACGACCACCACCGCCAACAACGCUGACACCGCCGACACUGCCAACACCGCCGACACUGCCAACACCGCCAACACCGCCUCCGCCGCCGGCACGAUUGUCGUGACCGCCGCCAGCUCCGUUGGUGCCAGGAACUCGGCGCAACCGAUCGUGACCCAUACGGCUGACGCCUUGCCCACGAGCCACACGGCGGCGAUCCCCAGCGUGAUCCCCCCGCCGCCCGAUGUGCAGCCCGUCAUCGACAAACUGGCGCAGUACGUCGCCAAGAACGGGCUGGAGUUCGAGGACGGAGUCCGCUCCAAGAACGACCCCAGGUUUGACUUCUUGCAGUCCUGGCACUCGUACAACGCAUAUUACGAGUUCAAGAAGAACUUCUUUGUGGAGAAAGACGGCCUCCCACCUCUCACGAGAGCACCAGCGGCGCAAGCGACCAAUGGGACGGAACAGCAGGGCAGCGUCACUUCCACGGAGCCUCCGAGCACCACCUCCGCCGCUGCCAAAGCCCCUAAAGCCCAAAAGAUCACCAUCGCCCCCAUAAGCUUCGCGAUUCGUGCCAAAGAGCCCGAGGCUCUUCCCCUCGAGAAGAAGAACGCUCUGCUCGGCGACGACAGCGAUGAUGACGACGAGGACUUUCCGGACCCGGGCGGAGGCGGUGGCAGCGGCGACGUCGGCAGGCCAGCCACCGCCGCCUCCUCCCCCUUCUCCGCGUCCGCCUCCAAAUCCAACGGCGAGGGCGGCCACGGGCGGCCCCCGGUGGCCGGCAGGGUCGGGCCGUCCCACGGGGCGACGGCUGCGACAGCCGCGACGGAGGAACGCAGACCGCAGCUGAGCCAGGAGGAGAUGGAAGCCAAGCUGGCCAAGCAGCGCCUGGAGGACCGUCUGUCGGCAGCGGCGCGUGAGAAACUUGCGCAGGCCGCCAAGGAGUCGAAGGAGCGGCAGGCGCAGGCGGAGCGCGAGCGCCAGCAGGGCCUCCUGCUGGCGGCGUUGGUGGCGGCGCCGGCUGCGUCGGCGCGGGACGAGCGCGAGCGAAUGCUCCAGGCCGAGAGGAGACGCAAGGCUGAGCUCUUCCUCCAGAAGCUGCGGCACCCCGGGGACGCGGGCGGCUCCGCCAAGAUGGAGACGGUGGCAGCGGGAGAGGUGCCGCCGGUGUUGGUCACACCGGCGGCAUCGGCACUGGCGGCUGCAGCGGCGGCUGCAGCGGCGGUCGCGGCGGCCGCGGCGGCAACGGCAGCAACAACGGCGGUGGCGGCAACAGCGGCGGCAACGGCGGCGCCGGUACCACCGGCACCAUCCCCUGCGCCGGACGAACCUCCGGAAUCAAAGAAGGCGCGGCACUCGGGGAAGGAGAAGAAGAAGGAGAAAGAAGAGGAUGAGGAGGAGAGGAAGAGGAGGAGGUCACGCGAGAGGAGCCGCUCGCCGCGUCACGAGCGCGGCGCCCCGAGGGACAAGGGGGGGGCGCGCAAGAAGAAGAGCUCGCGCGACAAGAAGAAGGCGAAGAGGUCAAAGCGCGAGCGGAGGUCCCGCUCACGCUCGGCUCCCCGCUCGCGCUCCCGCCCGCGCUCGAGCUCGCGCUCCAAGCAGCCGCUGCCCAGCGCGUACAAGUCAGCGCGGCGCUCACGGUCCCGGUCGCGGUCCGUGGAGCAGCGGAAGGAGGACACCCUGCCGAGUGCCUACCGCGUGUCCACCAGCCCCGUCCGGAGCACGAGGAGGUCGCCCAAGGAGCACAAGCGGAAGAGGUCGCCCAGGGCGGAGGGGGAGGACGACGUCCACCGCAGGAAGAAGCAUCCCCAGCCUCACCCGAAGCGCCACGCGCGGCCCUCGCACGCGCCCAACGCCGGCGGGGGGGCGGAGCCCUCCUCCUCUUCCACCUCCUCCUCGAGGAAGAAGAAGCGCGACCACUCGCGCUCGGUGGAGCCCGACGCGUCCCAGCCCAGCGACGCGAGCAACUCCUCCUCCGCCGUCGCCGCCACCACCACCACCACGCGCACGCACGGGCACGCCACGCCUCUGGUUCCGGAGAAGGACGGCACCGCCUCUCCGACUCUCUCCGCGGUUCAAGUCAAAAUCACUCAGGAUAUCAUGGCGCGAGUGAAGGCGAUGCUGGCCGCUGAGAAGGAGCUCCCUUCGCCCUCGCCCAGCUGAGAACAACAACAACGGCACAACGCCGCAAGCCACUGCACAAAACAUGACGGCGUAUCGCCGUUUCGUUCAUUAAAUCGUCACAAGAGUUGAACUUUUUCGCCAAACGGUGUUGUGUUUUUUUUGCACCCCCCACACGGCCGUUUUGUUUUUAAUGCCACGCAGCGAGGCCAGGUGUGGCGUAUGUCCGUAUGUUGAACUUCUUGCGUAGCCAACCCGUACUAAUCGGAGGUGCGGGGGAAGGGCAACAAACCGAAUUAAUAUCCGCAGCGUUAACGUGCCGCGGAAUUAAUUUUUGGUUUUGCUUCUCCGUUAAAUAAAGCAGGCCGAGGUUAUUUGUUCGCGCUACAGGGCUGGUAAAUUUAAGGAAAAGGGAUAACAACGCUAGCAGCGUCGUACGAUCGACCUGUCUCCGGGGAUGGUCUUCCGAGAGACCUGUCCUGUUGUUCCCCCCCACCCCACAAGCUGUACGGAGAGGAACACGUGCGAGGCACCACCAGGCUUCCCGUUACCACAUCUGGCCUCCUAGAAGCCAUAUUACCACAUUACGUUGGCGGACAUCUGCCGAUGAGUUUUCUUUCUUGUAAAUAAGUAGUAUCCCUUUCGUUAAAGAAAAAAAGGUUCAACUUGUCUUAACAGUUAUUUUUUUUGUUACGAAAUGAAUUUUAAAGGAACAAAGUUUGUGACAGUUUCUCCUUUGUUCAAUCGCUGGUGACCCGUUAACCGGCUAUUCUGAUUGCCCUUGUAAAUAAAUAGAAAUGAACGUGCGGAUCUAGUCGCCUGCAUUUGGUGGAAUAAAGUUUGUGGCUUGUCUUUUUUUGAACGAAUGCCAUUUUAACUCCCGUCGGUCGCGUUUUGUCGCUAGGACGCAUGCAACGAUUCACGCGCCCCCUUCUCUCGCUGUCGCAAUUCUGUGAAUUGUCAACGAUUCGGGGGGGGGGGGGGGGCCGGGGGUGCUGCAAUCGAGACUUUGAUCGUCAGCCGUUGGGGGCCCGUGCGGUGCGCCCCUCUUUGAGUAGCUGCUGCACGGGGGGGGGGGGGGGGGGGGGGUCACGUGAACUCGCCGGCCGACGAUUCGACGCGCGUCGAGAGAGCCGAGCUGUCGAAUAAUUGUAACGGGGAGCAUGGCCUGUUUGGCGCGUUGAAGGCGAGACGGUUUCCUUGGAUUCAUCACGGGGAGGGGCCUCAUGCUGGAUGUAGCAGAGAGAGGAAAUCGAGAUGUGAAGGUGGUGGUGGCGUUGGUGGCAUCGACAGCAUUUGUCCAGUUGACCACUUGAACUUCACGUCAGGUCGAAUGCACUGCCUACAAAGGGGCGUUUGCACACUUUUGGACUUUUCACAGUUUUUUUGGGGGGGGAAUUUUUCAACAAUUUAAAUUCUUUGCACUGUGGGUGUUUCGAGGGUACCAACUCUGAUUGCUUUUUUUCCUUUCCCGUGCACGUCUCUUUGAGGAAACAUCCCAACAGUCUGACCCAUGUUCAGCCUAACAAGCUCAGGAUGUUGCUAUCGUGCCGCACUCUUAUCCCAUCCCGAGCGCCCGUCGGCACCGUCAGGAACCUUCCUGCGUGCCUCGUCUGGCGGAUAGUUUCCCGAGAGGCCCCAAGUGAGUGCGCGCGCGAAAUUAAACGCCUGCGACCGAGCCGUCGCCGUCAAACCGAACUCCGCGCGCCAACGAAGUUUAACCUGGAGGAGCCCCCGAAGUUCAACCGGCGGGGGAACGUCAGCGUUGCUGGUGUAGUGACCGAAGCCGCCAGACCUCCCUCCUCCCAGUGCAAUCCCCUGAUGCGUGCGUUGGCUUGGAACUGACCUUGUUAACCUUUGACCCUGUCUGUAUUAUUACCCCCAUGCUCCCCAUCACUGCGGAACCCACCAUCACGGGUUCUCGCCCGUUCCACGCAUUGGAAGUCGCUGCACCGUGAUGUAUGGAGCACCGAAUCAAGUUGAAAUAAAUUGCUGUCGGUGUUACAUGGGAUAAAAUAUACUAUUCCCUCCCCCAUAUUGCUGGGGCGAGUGCUGUUAGCGAGCACCCGUUAAGGUCGGAAAAGGGCACGAGUGGGGGUUGUUUGCCGGCACCACGCCGAGCCACUUUUCCCCCACCUCCCCAGUGCCGACGAUUACACACUGUGCCAGGUACUCGUUUAAGGCCGAGUCGACCUAGGGGAGGCUAAAAGAAACCAGUUCAGAUAUCCAGUCGCCGCUGACACGAGCCAUGGCCUAGGAUCGAACUCUGGAAGCUGGGUCCGUAGGACGGUGCUCAAACCGCUGCACCACCGAAGGGAUAUACUGGGUUAGGCACACCAAGUUCCCGACUAGGAGAAGCAGUGCUCUCUUCAUCGCGGUCAGGGGUGCGGGGGUGCGGAAUGUGUUGAACAAUAAUCCGGCGCGUGCAAUGGUGCAACGACGUAAUUUGAAUUGGCGCGGGGAAUAUUGGGAAAGGUAGGAGAAAGAAGAGCGCCUGGCCUCGGGCUAAGCAUCCCAAGGGGAGUCCACUCGCGCGCAGAGAUGGUGUGUGUGUGUGUGCUCGCGCGCGUCUAGCGUUAAACUUUGUUUAACUGAUGCUUCCGAACUUGUCCAAAUAAACUUGUUUCAAAAUGAAAUGGA